AUGGACGCUCCCGCCAGCAUAGCCGAGGCCUGCGACAGGGUACUGCGCUGCUCGGACCCCAUUGAAAAGGCGUCCCUGGCGCACAUCGCGUACCAAGAAUUGGUGGCGCGCGGGCUUCCGGUCGGGUCCAGCGUUGGUCCUGUCGACUAUCCCGCUCGCCCCGAGCGCCCGAAGCUCGUCCAGACCAUCCGCGAGGUGCCCACUGUCGACGAGGCGGACAUGCACCCAUCAGCCCACUGCCUCCACCUCCUGGCGCACAUCGAGCUCAACGCCAUCGACCUCGCGUGCGACACCGCAGCGCGCUUCGCGCACCUCCGGCUGCCGCCGGAUUUCUACGCCGACUUUCUGCGCGUUGCUGCGGACGAGGCGCGGCACUUCGGGUGGGUGGAGCAGCGGAUGCGCGAGCUGGGGUCGCGGUACGGCGACAUCAACGCGCACGAUCUCCUCUGGCAGGGGUGCGCCAAGUCCUCGGGGGACGUCCGGCAGCGCCUCGCGGCCAUCCCGAUGUCGCAGGAGGCGCGGGGGCUCGACGCGGGCCCGCGGCUGGCCAAGCGGCUCGGGCGCAAGGAGGGGGACUGGCGGUCGUCGGCCAUCGUGCGGCGGAUCGCGGAGGAGGAGCGCGCGCACGUGGCGAUCGGCGUGUCGUGGUUUGUGCGCGUGUGCGACGCACUCGGGGAGCGCGACUACGGCGAGGCCUUUCGCGCGGACAUGCGGGCGGCGGGGCUGGUGGACGUCCUGCGCGGGCCGUUCAACCACGGGGCGCGCGCGGAAGUGGGCAUGGACCGCGCGUGGUACGACAAGGAGAUGUGGGGGCACGACGAGGCGGGCGCGUGCAUCUCGCGGGGGCUGUCGAGGGAGGACCUCGAGGUGCUGCGGCAUCGCAUGUCGGGGCUGAUCGGCGCCGAGCACGCCGCGGCUGCGUGA